AUGCAAGGGGAAUGUUUUUCAUUUUUAAAUGCCAUUGCUUCCGAAAUGAAAACAAACAACCAUGAAUUAGAAACAACAGGGAAGUCUCUCACCGAACUUAUUAAUGAAAGUUGCGAAUAUUCGAACGAGAUCCGCUGUAUUUGUGGUUUUCAUGUUGACUCAAACAAUUUAAUACAAUGUUCAGUAUGCAAAAAGUAUCUUCAUAAGAAAUGCAUUCCAAUUUCAGACGAUUUUGAAAUUGAUAAUUUUAUUUGCCCUUUUUGUAUGUAUCAAAAGUACGACCUUGAUCCAUUGGCCUCAAUAGAUAAUGCUUUUGAAUUAUUUAACAAAAAUAUAAAGGAAAUACAAUCUCUUUUAAAGCAACUUGAACCUUUACAUAAAAAAGCAAAGGCAAUGAUAGAAGACUCUAAUGCAUCUAACACUACAUCAUCUCAAAGAGCAUCUUAUGAUGAAAUGCAAAAAUCAAUUUUUUCUUCUAUCAACUCAAUCAAUCAACAGAUUAAAGAUCGAACAAAUUUAUUACAUCAAAUGGAGAAAGUUAUGUUUUCCCCACCAAGCUGA